ACCACCACCGCCACCACACACACACACACACACACACACACCACCCGUCGUCGUCAUCUAUCUAUCUUCCAACGUCUCCGCCCUUGCUGUCUUGCUUCUCUUGAAGACUACUGUCCGUGGAUAUGUCUCCUUCUGCUCAUGGUAGCGUAGCCGUUUCCGUCUUGGCUUCCUUACCGCCAUCAAAACCUACGACACCCUUUGCCGCGUUCCCCCGUAGUCCGCAACGCCCCCUCCCCUUGCGUUCCAUUAACCACAUAAGCUUUGCUGUUCCCUCUCCAUCGAAGACAGCUGAAUUCUUCCAAACAGUUCUUGGUUUCAAGCUCUUACCACGUCCACAAGCCUUCGAACAAUCAUUCGACGGCGCAUGGUUGUGUGGCAUGGGUCUUGAAAUCCAUUUCAUCCAACCCACACCGGGUGCUCGCUCAAGGAGGCAAUUGGUCCCCGUGCUCCUCAACGAGAAAGCCAUUGACCCUCGCUCCGACCAUCUUAGCUUUUUGUGUCAAUGGCAUAAAAUCCCAUCCCGCUCCGACUGGCAUCUUGUCAUCGAGACCUUGGACCGCCAUGGUGUCGAGUAUUUGGAGAGAACCUUUCCCGAAGACGAUCUUCGCCAGCCAUGCAAUCAUCUUCCAUGCUUUCUCCGAAAUGACCCUGCUGAGAAUCGUUUUCUCCUCCGUUUCAACGCUCUUUGUUCACAUGGUGCACACGGUUCUGACCAUAAUUUUGCUUUGUCUUGUCUGUUCUUGCUUUCGCUCUACCGCCACAGCUCUUCUUCUGUGAUCCCACAAGUGGUCUUCUCAUUGAGAUAAGCACAAAUCCGAAAUGCUAGUCACCUUCAUCUUUAGCAUGCGCGGCCGCCCGCAUAGAUAUCACCCUCCUUUCCUACCCAGCACCAAGAAGUCGCAAGAGUCAUUUUAACUAUGCGAUGCACAAAUGAUAUGGCCGUAGAAUCAUAAGGCUUUUACAUGUCAGGUGCACUACCUUGCGCACUGAUUGUUUAUUCACGUCUGUCUAUCACAUAUCCAGUUUUUUUUCAUGGCGAAAUAAACUUUUCAGUAGUGGCUUUUCUUCACACAAAUGUGCAGUUGAUUGCCGUCUUCUUUCCGUCGUC